AUGCAGCGCUACCGCGGCCCAGCAAGCCAGCAAGCCAAAACUCCAUUAGGUGUGUACCAGACAAAAGCCCUGUGCCGCAAAGGUUCCCUCCGCAUGCGCCGCCGCAAUGUUCCUUCCGUUAAUGCCUUCCCUUCCAAUUAAAUCUGCAACUGUUAAUUACUGUUAAUUACCCCUCGCUCUGUCCCACCAACCCCCCUCUCUCUCCCGGUACGUCGAGACAAAACGGCAUGGGAGCUGUUGUGCUGCUUCAGUUGUGCGUCGUCUCUGCUCCGGUGAAGCCCUUUGUAGGGAAUUGAGUGGGAAGAGGGACUUGAUUCACAUGAUGGGGGUGACGUGGUGGAGACUGCACGGUACAUCAUGGAUAACUGGGGGAGGAAGUCACAGCCCAUGGCCACGUCUCCAGACGAACUCAUUAAAUGGUGUGUAAAAUACACUCUGAGAAUAAUUAGAUACAAAUCAUAUUUUUUACCUUGUUCAUUGGAUAUUAGACAACAAGGAGUAGCACCAUGAUAAAUACAGAAAAAUGACUUUUUUAUGACAAAUUAACACAAACAACAAAGGGUUUUUCCCUAUAUUAUUAUUUCAAAUGGUUAUUUUAUUGUGAAUCACUAUUAUAAUAGUUUAUGUUAAACCUCAAUACCACUGUAGGACUGUUACAGUUGUUCUUGCGAUGGAUAUGAUGUGAUGCGUUGAGUAAAAGGGGAGCUAAUUAAGAGUAUAUUUGUAGCCUUCGUGGUAGUCUCUGUUCUACAGUCCAUCCUCUCUGGCCUGCUUCUGUCACAUGGUGUUGUUGGGACUGGACAUUGAUCUGACCAGUUCCUCAUCACUGUCACUCUACAGACCACAGAAUCCUGCAGCAUCAGGCACAACAAUACGCCAGCAGCCAUGAUGCUCCUGUUCAGGUACAUUAGACUUUGGCUGAACAUUCUGUCCCUCCAAAUCAAGGCCACUAUUUACCUUAGGUCAUAAAUACUGUAAAAAAACAAAUGUAUAUGUGUUCUCAUUAGUGAGCAUCUCAACAUGUCUCACCACUCAGCAGUAUGAUGGCUGACAAAGACACCCAUUUUCCACCGGUACAGCCUCUGCCUCCACGUGCAAUUGGGGCUAUAUACGUUAGCUCGUCUGGGAAGGGAAUGUUAAUCUAUAAUUUGGAGUCAUAUUCUUCCCUAUAACAAUGCACUCUUCAGAGGGAAACAGCUCCCUCUCCUUCAGGCAGUGCAGUCUCUCCCGUGGAUUCACUGCAACAAAAUCUAAAUGAUGGACUGUCACCUCUCGUGUAGAAAUGCCACUGCAAAGAAUAAUGUGUCUGCCACUGGAUCAUGGUCUGCUGUAUGUUCCCAAUGCUGCUUUAUGGUUUAUGAGAUCAUGAGUACACGUACACACACACACACACACACACACACAUACACACACAAGCUUGCGCGCAUGCACACAAACACACACCACACACACACAAAUGCCUCAAGAUGAAACCAUUUCUUUAGAGGAAUAGAGUAAAAACAUGGGAUUAAUGACAGAAGUAGUGUUAUUUCUUUCACCCUUAGCCUUUAGAAUAAUGUAUGCAUGGCUUCAUGCACAUUAUAUUUAGAGGAAGUGGUAUCUAUAUAUGCCUGGUUGUCUGUGUGUACAGGACCUGUUGUGUGACCUGGUUUCAUGCAAUCUCCAACUUCUAAUUAGGGAGCUGCAGAGAAGGCUGCAAAGGGAGGAAAGAUUAGUUGCCAAUGGGUAUUUCAUAAGUGGCUUUCAGUGCCACAUUUGCAUUAUGUGCUUAGGGUCUGAAUAAAGAAUCAGGGUUCCUUUGCAGUAAAUUGAGGCUAGUAGCUAAAAACCAAAAGUACAUAAGAUAUGAAAUGAAAUAAGAGAGGAAAAAGCUGCAAAUUAUGUUAGUUAUCUUGAAAUGCUAUAUGACUACUUUACUGUAAAUCUCAUGUUCUUUGUUACUAAAUAAUUAGAUCAAGAUGCCAUUUUUUUUAAAUAAGAGGGUACAUCAUUUGAUGUCUUCACUAUUAUUCUACAAUGUAGAAAAUAGUAAAAAUAAAGAAAUACCCUUGAAUGAGUAGCUGUUCUAAAACCUUUGACCGGUAGUGUAUAUAAAUAUGUAAUAUUUGUAUUCUAGGUUUAUGUUAGUAUUGAUGGUAAAUGCUUUAACAGGCAAAAUGAGUUAAUGAUUGCUGCUGAUUCCGGGCUGCUUGUGCAGCCCAAUGCUGGAGCCCCAUGCUGUAUGUGUUCUGUAGGGUCAGUCAGUGUGCUGAUCUGUAGCGGAGGUCCUGUCCACUCAUUUGGCCAGUCUCCCCGACCACUGCGUGCGGCCGCCACAGCCAGGCCUGGUCAGCCAUCAACGCGCCACUUGGCCACCUGCCCAAUCAGAGUCUGAGAGGGCAACAUCCAGAGUGGACACACACACGGACACACACACACACACACACACACACAAACACACACUCAUACACACACACACACGGACACAGCAAGUGACAGUAGGCCUUGUUUACCCAGUCUCCCUCCCUCAGUUGUCUCCCAUCCUCUCCCUGUGGUCUGUCAUGCCGUGUGUCACUUUCCACAAAUGUCAGUCCCACAAUGGGACAGUGAUUAAUUUUGGUGUGUUCGGCAAAAUGUCUACAAGAUGUUUGUUUGGGUUAUCUUUUCCCACCCCCUAACCCAUCCCCUCUCACAUCUUUCUGAUUCGGAGUAGCCCGACCCACCCAUUCUCUUGUCAAAGCCUUUGGGAGAGGAGAGCAUCAUCAUCGAAGGACAAAGGCUACCUGAACUGACAGGGAUCUUCUUCUCUGACCGGAGCCACUUUUUGUCACGUUCUCUCCCCUGCCCUCGUGCUGUCCGAUUAGAGUGUGCUGGUGGUGUAUGAUGGGAGAAGUCUUGACCCAGCACCGGGGGGCUGUAACACUUCACUGUCAACGGGCCUUAUCACUCACCGCACUGGGAGGAAAUACAUCAUCAUGCUAGACAGGGAUUCCCCAGUUUAGGGUCCCUUCCCUGCCCUCUAUUACUCUGCAUUUAAUCUGCAUGCUCACUUGUUCAUCCCCACAGUAUCUCUGCCUGCCUCAACUCUAAAGCCAAACCCUCUGCAGUUUACAGUGGAUACAACAAGAACUCACAUGCUUUGAAGUUUCUUUUUAUAGAGACGGAAUAGUAAUGUAAUGUGUGUAUCUUUUCCUAUUGAUGCUGUUUGAAGGCGAGAGCGUGAGCACGCAUUGACAGGUGUGCAGGGAACUGUCAAAGCCACCGUUUCUGUCUGUGGGGAAAUAUAAUGAUUUAGCCCCUGAAUUAGACAGGAUCCUUUUCAGCUUUUUUAUGGUAAGAAAGAAAGUGAAACAAAAUGUGGCUAAUGCGUGCUAGCUUUCCCUCAGUGUGGUAUCAGGUAUGGUAAUUACCCUACCAUUAACAUUGGGAAUAGCUUGUGUAUUAAUGUGUUAAUUACUGUACAUGCUUGAGAGAGCCCGAAGGCAUUCUCCCAGAUUCUCUGUGCCAUGUGGAUGUAGGCCAAGCUUAAAAAAUACUUUAAGGACAUCAAUGAAAGAUAAUCUUUAUGUUUUAUUGGCCAGAACAAAAGAUUUCCAAUGGUAAUUUGAUGCACUUCUCUGCUUCUAAAGCGAGAGCCACUAAUCUGGGGGCUUUGAAAACGAGAUGAUAUUAAGUCAAAAGAGACAUGGAAACAAGGCUGUAGUGACACGGUGUUCUUUGUGUUCUGUUGUCUCUGGUGUGUUGCUUUGGCAGUGUGUUCUAAUCACAUGGUGGGUUAAGAUUCAGGGAUCCUCACUAAUACUCACCCAGAGAGGGGGCACCUCGGAGGGAUCUGUUCAGCUGGCUGAGAGGAGAGGAGAGCCACGGCCUGCCUGCCUCUGUACUGCCUGGGAUUGUAUCCUGCUCUAAGAGAGAUGACCUUUGCAAAUAUUGACAGAAAAUAAAUUUGGUUUCGAUUAGUUAGCUUUGGGAGACCUUUAUGGAUCAAUGCAGUUAGAUGCACAGUGUGUCGAUAUGCACUGGGCCUUUUCGUUGGAAGCAUUGAGUAGGAAAGAAACUGCAGGGAGUCAGGGUUAGGUGUAUCGAACAGGAUAUUUUGAAAGCAGUGGAAGUAACAGAGAUACAAUGUGUUCUUUCAAGUACAACAAGUUUGUACAGUUUAUAUUUUUCCAUGUUUUUAUCCCUCUAUAUAAUCACAUGCUAUUGAGAGAAAAUAAUUAGGUCUAUAAUUAAAUCUGUGGAACAAAUAUUCAAACAAAGUAUACGUACAAAGAGAAAAUCAUCUCACCCAAAAAAUAUAUCUCACUUUUCGUCUGUGAUGUACUGAGGUGUUAUGGUCUUCUCUCUGUGACAGUGUAGUACUUCAGUAUGAUCUGGUGGAUAACCCUCCUCCAGCCCCUGAUCCUGCUCCUCUCCUCAGCAGCUCACAUUAACCCAGCAGGGCUCUGCCUUUAUGACUCUCCUGCUCACACUUCAGUGAUGAGAGUAAACAAACGCUGGGCCAAAGGUCAGCUAAGCCCCCGUAAUAACAAAAGGCACAGGGGGAAAAAGUGGGAGGAAAGGAGAGUGGCCAGAGGCACUGCUCAGAUCACUGUCAGAACUUCAAGCAGGGGUGAUAUACGAGACAAUGACCGAAACCGGAAAUGAUUAUAAACAGAGGAGGGGAGAGAAAGGUCUGCUUUGUCUUCAUCUGUCAGUUGUGUUAUUUCAUCGGAUCAGAUACGACAUUGAAACAUGUAAAACCACACCUCAUGGAUAUUAAUCACAACGUCGACUUCCUUUCAACCCUAGAGGACAAAUGAGGUAAACAACAUGAAUGCAUAUUCCAAUGAGAGAAAAACGAAAUACAAGGAGAGAGAAAUACAGUAGAAAAUAGAAAAUCACAGCACUUGGUAUUUUGGUUGGGAGCUGCUCCCUACUGUAUGUUGAGGCAGGUGGUGGGGGGAAGUGUUUCCAAACCUGUUUGUUAUAGAUGGGCCUCGAUAGCUGCUCUGGCACAAACACACACUAGUGGGCUGCUGGAGGGGCGGCACAGUCUCAGACCAGUAGAGUAAUCAUUUUUGUCCUGCUGAUUUCCCAAAUAGAAAUGGACAUGUAUGAUAAAAAUGUCAUGGCCACUCCACACGUCAGCUUCCUAAUAGGAUUACAUGUCACUUCCUAAUGUCUCGCUCUGUUUGCACAAGCUCUGAAUGGACACAUUAUUGCUCACAGGAACUUUGCUGUAAUAUAUGGUGAGACAAGUAGCUCUUUAUGGCCUGUGAUUAUUUGGUUUGAAUGAAACCCUGUAAAUUCCCCCAGCUGUGCUUCCCCUGGAUAAAGAGUGAGUGGAGUGAAAGUGACAACAUGGUUUUGGUGUGGAAAUGUGCACUGCUGCUCUCAGAGUUAUAGUUAAUAUACCUGACAUGAAAAACAUGUCUAACUACUUACUACCACCUCCAGCACAAAGGAAAGUGCGGACUUGAGCUUGUGUCUGCAGCAAAGGGUAGGCAAAAGUACUGCACUGAGCAAACCUGUUUGCUAGAUCAACCUCCAGAUAUUACCACCACCAGAGAUACUAUACUAAUAGCUUAGCGUCUUUGCAGAUAUGAUGGUGAUGGGGUUAAAGUUAGUGGAGCAAUGGCAUAUUGUCCACAUGGGUGAUUUGGCUUGGCAUGCCUGAUGCUACAACUCUUCCAGCAUCAAUGUCUCCAACACAAACAGCCACAUUCAUUCUCUACUUUCACAACAUUACAACUACAAGAUAAACAUCCAGACAAUAGAUCCACAAAUAGACACACGUGUCUUGCAGUAGCAUCUCCACACCUGAAACACACACCAACGUCGAUGGGGAUUGUUAAUUGGGUAUGUGAUGAGAGAGGUGACAGUAUGUUACUUUAAAUACCCAUAAAGUAUCACUGUUUCAAUGUUGUGUACAUGUGGUUAUGUGUGUGUGUGUGUGUGUCUCAGAGAGAGAGAGAGAGAGAGAGAGAGAGAGAGAGCACACUCACUAGGUGUGCUGGGUCAGUCGGUCAGUCAGUGCCUGGUAGAGGCCCUCUCUGAUUGCUAGGCUACUGCCUCACACAAUAGAACCACUAAUCUUCUUAUUUAAAAUUCAGGUUCACCAUAUCUUAAUGAAGCCAUAAUAAACUGUUAAAUCCCUACAUCUCUGGCAGAUAGAGACAACCCUGGUAAUCAUAACAUCUGAGUGGGCACUCAGUGUUUACUGCAGAUUGGGUGCCUUUUUUAUUGCUUUAUUGGACUGAAUAAUACAGGUUUAUUUGGCUGUUUAUUCUGACCGGCUGCUGUCUUUUUUCAUUGCAGCCAUCAUGACAACAUUCUCUAUGCCUGCAGGUGUACUCCAAUGCUGACUGAUGGCUAAUUAGGAUUGAAAUAUAUAGAAAAGAAAGAAAAGAUAAUAAGAAACAGCAGGUCCCGAUAACAAUAGCAAAAGUCAGCACUCAAUUAUUUGUUUGUGUGUGUGUGGUUGCGUGCGUGCGUGCGUGCGUGGUUGCAUGCGAGCCCUGAGAUUUCUUAGAGUUGCACAGUAAUCAAGUGCACAAUUAGAAGAGAAAAAGGGAAAAUAUUGUGUAAGACUAGUUCUCGCAGAUUGUUGUAAAUGAAGUAGAAUAAUGCUGAUUAUGGUAACAUUAAGAGUGUGGAAGAACCUUGGCUUUGUUUUUAAUCACAGAAAACCAACAGACAGUCGUGAUUUAAGGCUUUGCACUAUGCAGAAAAGGCAGACAUGCUUGAGGUACAGUGAGGGGAAAAAAUAUUUGAUCCCCUGCUGAUUUUGUAUGUUUGCCCACUGACAAAGAAAUGAUCAGUCUAUAAUUUUAAUGGUAGGUUUAUUUGAACAGUGAGAGACAGAAUAACAACAAAAAAUACCAGAAAAACACAUGUCAAAAAUGUUAUAAAUUGAUUUGCAUUUUAAUGAGGGAGAUAAGUAUUUGACCCCCUCUCAAUCAGAAAGAUUUCUGGCUCCCAGGUGUCUUUAAUACAGGUAACGAGCUGAGAUUAGGAGCACACUCUUAAAGGGAGUGCUCCUAAUCUCAGUUUGUUACCUGUAUAAAAGACACCUGUCCACAGAAGCAAUCAAUCAAUCAGAUUCCAAACUCUCCACCAUGGCCAAGACCAAAGAGCUCUCCAAGGAUGUCAGGGACAAGAUUGUAGACCUACACAAGGCUGGAAUGGGCUACAAGACCAUCGCCAAGCAGCUUGGUGAGAAGGUGACAACAGUUGGUGCGAUUAUUCGCAAAUGGAAGAAACACAAAAUAACUGUCAAUCUCCCUUGGCCUGGGGCUCCAUGCAAGAUCUCACCUCGUGGAGUUGCAAUGAUCAUGAGAACGGUGAGGAAUCUGCCAAGAACUACACGGGAGGAUCUUGUCAAUGAUCUCAAGGCAGCUGGGACCAUAGUCACCAAGAAAACAAUUGGUAACACACUACGCCGUGAAGGACUGAAAUCCUGCAGCACCCGCAAGGUCGCCCUGCUCAAGAAAGCACAUAUACAUGCCCGUCUGAAGUUUGCCAAUGAACAUCUGAAUGAUUCAGAGGAGAACUGGGUGAAAGUGUUGUGGUCAGAUGAGACCAAAAUGGAGCUCUUUGGCAUCAACUCAACUCGCCGUGUUUGGAGGAGGAGGAAUGCUGCCUAUGACCCCAAGAACACCAUCCCCACCAUCAAACAUGGAGGUGGAAACAUUAUGCUUUGGGGGUGUUUUUCUGCUAAGGGGACAGGACAACUUCACCGCAUCAAAGGGACGAUGGACGGGGCCAUGUACUGUCAAAUCUUGGGUGAGAACCUCCUUCCCUCAGCCAGGGCAUUGAAAAUGGGUCGUGGAUGGGUAUUCCAGCAUGACAAUGACCCAAAACACACGGCCAAGGCAACAAAGGAGUGGCUCAAGAAGAAGCACAUUAAGGUCCUGGAGUGGCCUAGCUGGUCUCCAGACCUUAAUCCCAUAGAAAAUCUGUGGAAGGUGGCCAAACGUCAGCCUCAAAACCUUAAUUACUUGGAGAUCUGCAAAGAGGAGUGGGACAAAAUCCCUCCUGAGAUGUGUGCAAACCUGGUGGCCAACUACAAGAAACGUCUGACCUCUGUGAUUGCCAACAAGGGUUUUGGCACCAAGUACUAAGUCAUGUUUUGCAGAGGGGUCAAAUACUUUUUUCCCUCAUUAAAAUGCAAAUCAAUUGAUAACAUUUUUUACAUAUGUUUUUCUGGAUUUUUUUGUUGUUAUUAUGUCUCUCACUCUUCAAAUAAACCUACCAUUAAAAUUAUAGACUGAUCAUUUCUUUGUCAGUGGGCAAACGUACAAAAUCAGCAGGGGAUCAAGUACUUUUUUCCCUCACUAUAUAUUCCUCUGUUUAGCAUCCUUUCGGAGAAUAGAGGUUCCACCUCGCAGUUGAGCAUUUGUCAGUUUAUGGAUGUUGCUGUCAUGUAAGCCUCCCUGUACACACAGUGUGCAGCGCAGUGUGUAGAUAAAAUAAGGCAGGCCCGGGCUUUAGGCAAUAGGAACACAGCACGUACACAGGAGGUACCCAAUCCAUGCCCACAGGGGAUUACUCGCCCUGCACUAUGGCUAUAUGACAGACAUCCAGAGAAAGGUACCUAUAGAAAAUAAUUUUGGCUUUAGCGGCUCACUGCUCAGGAGACUGUACAAGAUGAUACUUGUGAGGCUGGCACUUAAGCUGCAUAAUUUGAGCUGUUGUAUUUUUUUUACUUUCAUUGAAAUCAGCCAGUCAGCCAUGGAGGAGUCAGUUUAAGAGUUUGUGUCUAGGUGUGGUUCUUGAUGAGUCCAUCAAACUCACCCUCUGGUAUAGAAGGAACACUAAACAAAUGACAAAUUAGUAUUCAGUUACCAUGGAGGUUCUGCCCUAUCAAAAAAAGAACAGUAUCAAAACGCCUUUGUGUCUGUGUCAUGUCUGGAGGUCUGGAUGUCCUCAUGUCUAACUGUGCCUGUCUCUCUCUCUGUCUGAUGUCUCUCAGGCCUCAGCAUCCGUGGUGCCCAGGAGGAGGACCCUCCCGACCCCCAGCUCAUGCGCCUGGACAACAUGCUGCUGGCGGAGGGCGUGUCAGGACCAGAGAAAGGGGGUGGAUCUGCCGCUGCCGCCGCUGCAGCCGCAGCCUCGGGCGGGGCCUCAGACAACUCCAUCGAACACUCAGACUACAGAGCCAAACUCACCCAGAUCAGACAGAUAUACCACACAGAGCUGGAGAAAUACGAACAGGUUGGUGUGAGUCACACCUUUAACCAUCUUCACAUCACACCUUUAAGCUUCAUAGACUUAUUAUUAGAGUACAAAAAUAGGAACAAAAUAUUCACCUUGUAAUAUUGGAAACUUACAUAUUUUGUGGUUCGUUAACUAAGUCUCAGGAGUAGUGUAGUCUAAGUCUAAGUUAACUAAGUUAACUAAGUCUCGGGAGUAGUGUAGUGAAAGUCUAAGUUAACUAAGUCUCGGGAGUAGUGUAGUCUAAGUCUACGUUAACUAAGUCUGGGAAGUAGUGUAGUCUAAGUAGUGUAGUCGUCUCACUAAAAUUAGAAUAUGAUCAACUCAUUCAGGUGCCAUGUUGAGCUUCAGCAAUAAAACAGACACAUUAUAGGAGAAAAUGAAAGGUGGAACACUGAUGCCUCAGCAAGGCAGCGAGGUGAAUUAGACUAAUGUACUCCCGGCACUCUGAGAGGAGAGGAGUGAGGGAGAGGAGGAGAGGAGUGAGGGAGGGAGGGGAGGAGAGGAGUGAGGGAGGGGAGGAGAGGAGUGAGGGAGGAGAGAAGAGGAGUGAGGGAGGGAGAAGAGGAGGGAGGGGAGAAGAGGGCACACAACACUUUGCCUGGAGUGAAUGCAUCUUUCUUAGGGGUGUUUCCAGGUUUUAAUUAUCUAAAUGUAAAUACUUAACGAAUUUUACUCAGAGUAAUGAGCUAAAGUGUGCACUACGUAAAUGAGUUAUUCUAAUUAAUCAUGUAUGAACUACUGGUUUAACGAAAAGCUGUUUAAAUUCUCUCUGUGCUGGGCCGAAGCCAAAUUGCAAAUCGGCAUUUGCAUUUAUAGAUGACUUCACCAACUAAGUAAUUUAAGUGCUCAGCAGUUGUAUAAAUACUGGGCUGUGUUUUUCAAAGGCACGAUCAGUGAAUAUACUUUUAACUAAGGGAGAAGGCUCAUAAACACAUUCAGCUACUAAAAGAGUUGUUCCUAGCCAAAGGAUACUAGCCAUGAGGGCACUAACAGAGCUGGGUUGUGCUCUGUGAUUUCUCUGCAGGCGUGUAACGAGUUCACCACCCAUGUGAUGAACCUGCUGAGGGAGCAGUCCCGCACGCGACCCAUCUCUCCCAAAGAGAUAGAACGCAUGGUGGGCAUCAUCCACCGCAAGUUCAGCUCCAUCCAGAUGCAGCUCAAACAGAGCACCUGUGAGGCCGUCAUGAUCCUGCGCUCCAGAUUCCUUGAUGCCAGGUCAGUGUGUAUAUAUGAUGUGCCUGUGUGUUACUGUGUGUGUCUCUGUGUUCCCAAUCUUUUGUUAGACCGUGACCCACAAAACCAAUGUUUCUAUCCUGGGGCAUACCGUAGGAAGGCACUCAGAGACAGAACUAUAUGGAGACAUGAUCGUAAUAACAACACUUCCUAGAAAAUUAACUUCCUAUCUGCGAAAAACUAAUCCACAACAUACAGCACCAAACAGUACACUGCAAAUAUUCAUAGAUAAUCUUGCCAUAAAGCACUCGUAUUAUGUAUUAUAGCCAUCUUCUCAAGAUAAUCAUCUGCUAGCACCUGAAAGCAGUUUAGAUUAAAUGAAGUGGGAACAAAGUUAAAUGUAAUCAGCAGGUGUUAUGGAUUACUGUAAUCACAAACAUUUUGUGGAGUGGAACUCUUCGGAGAUUGGGAGGAAGCAGAAACCAAGAAGAACCACAUUUGCUGCCCAUUGCUUGUGUGAAUUGCGGUAAACAAGGCAAAAUAAGCAGCAAAUGCUCAAUAACAUGAUAAGUAGUUCCCUGGGGGGAAGAAGUGGACCAAGAUCUAGUUAGAGUUGGUUUGUUCCCAAUGGAGUUCCCUGUUGUGGAGUGGAGCUCUGAGGAGAGUGGGAGGAAGCAGAAACCAAGCAGAUGCACAUUUGCUGCCCAUUGCUUGUGUGAAGUGUAGUAAACAAGGUAAAAUAAGCAGCAAAUGCUCAAUAACAUGAUAAGUAGUGCCCUGGGGGGGUAAAGGGGACCCAGAUCUAGUUAGAGUUGGUUUGUUCCCACUGGAGUUCCCUGGGGCCGUGGCAUUUCAGGAACAAUGCUCAGCUGGGCAUGUCUUGAUUUCUAUAAUGUACCGAGAUGCAACUGGGCAGCUGGGCCUAGCGCUCCAUCACCAAGCCUGCCCAUCCGCUGUGCUAAACACUACACAUUACACGCUUGGCCUGGAGAUCAGAGACCAACAGACCAAAUUAAGCAAUGUAUGUGUUUGUGUGUGUGUUGUGUGUGUUUGUGGGUUAAGCGGUUGGCGGAUGGCUUGGUGUGUGUUGAUGGUGCUGAAAGGAGGACACAAUAUUCCGCUCCCCCAUUCCUUAUUAUUUUCACCAUUUAUGUGUGAGAUUGAUUGUGCUAUUUGUCCGAUCCAAAUGGAUGAGUUAAUGCUGGUUUCGUUAAUGAGCUUGCUUGGCCUUUCUCUCAUUUUGUUCACUAUUAAGGCGGAAAAGGAGAAACUUCAGCAAGCAGGCGACGGAAAUCUUGAACGAGUAUUUCUACUCGCACCUCAGCAACCCAUAUCCCAGUGAAGAAGCCAAAGAGGAGUUGGCCAAAAAGUGCAGCAUUACAGUAUCCCAGGUGGGUGCAGCUUCCUUAUCUCAGACGCAGUGGCUGGUGGGUAUUCAGGGGAGAAAAGGCAGUAGACGAGGCCCCUGGCUGCAACUCAAGACCAGCCUGGAAGGACGGCUAGGCCAAACUAUCAGAGCACAAUGUCCUUAUCUUACCUUGACAUUGAGCCUAAUGACACCUUAGCUAUGGCAGGUUCAGCCUAUCACAGCAGUGGCCACGGGGAGGGGAGGUCAGUUUCCUAAUAUUGACCUCAAUCAGAGGCCUACAGUGGGUAAGCCCUCCAUAGAUGUCCACUCUGGGCCUGUUAGCCUCCAUAGAUGUCCACUCUGGGCCUGUUAGUCCUCCAUAGAUGUCCACUCUGGGCCUGUUAGUCCUCCAUAGAUGUCCACUCUGGGCCUGUUAGUCCUCCAUAGAUGUCCAAUCUGGGCCUGUUAGUCCUCCAUAGAUGUCCACUCUGGACCAGUUAGUCCUCCAUAGAUGUCCACUCUGGGCCUGUUAGUCCUCCAUAGAUGUCCACUCUGGGCCUGUUAGUCCUCCAUAGAUGUCCACUCUGGGCCUGUUAGUCCUCCAUAGAUGUCCACUCUGGGCCUGUUAGUCCUCCAUAGAUGUCCACUCUGGACCAGUUAGUCCGCCAUAGAUGUCCAAUCUGGACCUGUUAGUCCUCCAUAGAUGUCCACUCCGGGCCAGUUAGUCCUCCAUAGAUGUCCACUCUGGGUCCCCUGCCAUUUUCUUUGUCAUUCUCUCUGUCUGCUUGAUCAGUCCAGGUGGCUGGAUGUCUACCAGUAUAGUUUAUCCAGUUAAUCCAUGUGAUGUUUAAGGUACAUGUGAAGUCACAGUGCUCAGGCUUAGGCUUGUACAUGGCGACGACACUGCUUUACCCACUAAACAUUCUGUUUUUACAAACAAUUUAUGUGACUUUCCCACUUUACCUUUAGCCUAAUAGUUGGGUUAACCUGAAGGCAAUAUCAUUUCUCACACCCAACCCCCACACCCAAACCAAUUUAGCAUUCUUAUCAUCCUGCACUCUGUUCUGCUACUAUUGUUAAAAGUUGGAUCAUUUUGAUUUUUGUAUUCUAAUUCAGAUGUUAAUCCAUGGUUGUUCCAAUUUGAGAAUUACCUAUACAAUAAAAACUGAUUUGCAAUGUUCUCUCUUGUCUGUGGGGAGGGGGUGUGGAGGGGUAUAUUGAGUGUAGUCAUGCAGAGUCAGAUACUGUAAAAGCCCAUUCUUUUUUGCCUUCAGGGGGUGGGAAGCACCAUCACAGUAUCACAGGUAUGUCAUGACUUCUCCUGAUCCACUGUUGUUGUUUUCAUUCUUUUGUAUCUUUUCUUGGUUUCUGUAUGUGCACCUUCACAGUCUACCACUGCACACAGAUCCCCUCCCUCACACAAAUGGACUGAUAUCCUGGCAUUCAAAAUCAAUCUGAUGCUAUUUUAAUGUAGGCGUACCAUGCUUACAGCUUUACUGUAAGUUUGGCACCAAGCAAGUUCCACUGUGAUACAUAGAACCUGUGUUAUUUUGCUGUUGAAUCUCACUCGAUAUUGGGUGAGCAAAUCAUACGCUAAGACUAGGUAUCAUACAACAUUUUCAUAGUAUUUUCAGCUCACUUUUGAUCAUUAUUUGUGAUUGUUAAAUACAAUUUAAAGACAACAACCAUACCACCACAUUAUAUGUUGGUUUUGAUGUCUCGUCAUAUCAUUUUACUUUUUUGUUAUUUCUAUAACACAAAUAAUUUGUUUUCUACAUAGUAUGCAUUUUUUGUUAGUUAUAGAUCGUCUGCUAGUUAUGCCCUUCUUGGUUUUAGAACAUGCAGUGUAUGUCUAACGUUCUGCUUUCUGCCAGUGUGGUUCAUGUUAGUUGAAGGAGCGGGAAUUGACCCUCACAAGUGGAACAAUUCUCUGUUCUGAGUGCUUCACUAAACAGGGCACUGUAGGAGUUCCCAGGAGGACAAAUCAGUCCAGAAAUAAGAGGCCUUUUAAGAAUUCACUUGAACUCAUCUCAAGCCCCAUUAGCAGGGUUCUCCUUGACAAGCCUUGUCCACUGCAGACACUCCUAUUGACUACUUUUUAGUGCUUUGGCUCAGUCUUAGUGAGUUAGACUAUGUCAAGUCCUCUCUGAGUUUGUUGUCUUACCCAAGCAAAGGAGAGCCUGGUGAAGUCAGAAGAGUUACUCCAGAGAAUGAGCAGUAAUGGCAUGUUUGGGUAUUUCCAGAUACUCUCAAACUCAAUGGUGAGCUUUGUUCAUUGAGGAAGGCAUUAUGUACAGUAUUACAGUACCUUUGUGUACUUCAUUAUAUAACUUACUUUCAUAUACACUACAGUGACUGUAGGACAACUAUGUGAAUCAAUAAGCAUUAGAUAUCAGUCUGAUGGUUAUCACAGAUGUCUAGGUGGAAUGUACUGCUUUGAUUUAUGGAUUGACUAAGUAGGUUUAGGUGGACAUUAUACAAUGCCAAUAUUGUUCUCUGACUAGAGGGAACUGAGUGUGUGUUUCAUUGCAUGAACAUAUACUGAACAAAAAUGUAAACGCAACAUGUAAAGUGUUGGUCCCAUGUUUCAUGAGCUGUAAUAAUAGAUCCCAGAAAUGUUCCAUACGAACAAAAAGCUUAUUGCUCUAAAAUUUUGUGCACAAAUGUGUUUACAUCCCUGUUAGGGAACAUUUCUCCUUUGUCAAGAUAAUCCAUCCACCUGACAGGUGUGGCAUAUCAAGAAGCUGAUUAAACAGCAUGAUAAUUACACAGGUGCAUCUUGUGCUGGGGACAAUAAAAGGACACUCUAAAAUGUGCAGUCUUGUCACACAAUACAAUGCCACAGAUUUCUCAAGUUUUGAGGGAGCUUGCAAUUGGCAUGCUGACUGCAGGAAUGUCUAUCAGAGCUGUUGCCAGAGAAUUGAAUGUUCAUUUCUCUACCAUAAGCCGCCUCCAACGUAGUUUUAGAGAAUUUGACAGUACGUCCAACUGGCCUCACAACUGCAGACCACGUGUAUGUUGUCAUGUGGGCGAACGGUUUGCUGAUGUCAACGUUGUGAACAGAUUGCCACAUGGUGGCAGUGGGGUUAUGGUAUGGGCAGGCAUAAGAUACGGACAACGAACCCAAUUGCAUUUUAUCGAUGGCAAUUUGAAUGCACAAAAAACUGUGAUGAGAUCCUGAGGCCCAUUGUGAGGCCCAUUUUAUUUAUUUUUAUCUGUGACCAACAGAUAUAUAUAUUUAUUCCCAGUCGUGAAUUCAUAGAUUAGGGCCUAAUGAAUUUAUUUCAAUUGACUGAUUUCCUCAUAUGAACUAUAACUUAGUAAAAUCAAUGAAAUUGUUGCAUGUUCCGUUUAUAUUUUUGUUCAGUAUAAUUUGAGCCAGUUUGCUACAGCAGGAAAAUAAUCCUGCAGCAACAGGAAAUGUGAAUUAUAAUUCAUGGACAUUUUUUUGUAGGGGUUGAUAAAUCUUUUACAUUUACAUUUUAGUCAUUUAGCAGACGCUCUUAUCCAGAGCGACUUACAGUUAGUGAGUGCAUACAUUUUUUUUGUUUGUUUUUUUCAUACUGGCCCCCCGUGGGAAUCGAAUCCACAACCCUGGCGUUGCAAACGCCAUGCUCUACCAACUGAACUACAUCCCUGCCGGCCAUUCCCUCCCCUACCCUGGACAACGCUGGGCCAAUUGUGCGCCGCCCCAUGGGUCUCCCGGUCACGGCCGGCUACGACAGAGCCUGGAUUCGAACCAGGAUCUCUAGUGGCACAGCUAGCACUGCGAUGCAGUGCCUUAGACCACUGCGCCACUUUUCUUAGGGCAAAUCAAGUCUGACAUUUUAAAGUGAUAUUACAAACUUUAGAAGCAUUUUUAAACCUUGAAUACACUACAAGUUUGCGCCAAAAGAGUGUUAAAGUUAAGAUCCUACAUUUGUAAUUGUGUUGUUCAAGAUGUUACCUCACUUCAAUUCAGGAUGCAGUCUUACAGUAUUAUUUCACUCUGUCAGUUUGCAUGUGUGACACUGGCCUCCUAAAUGAAGGCGUGGGAUUGGACGGCAGUGGUUUGUGUCAGUGUUUAUGGAUAUGUCAGGGGCCAUAAUUGUUAUAAUCUCCAGACAGUGCUGCUGAGAGGGGGCACUCUGCUACCAGGGCACAGACAGGGACAGGCAGCCCUCUAGACGGACAAAAGAGAGAGAGCUCAGAACACAGGGCCGACUCAGCACCACAAUCUGUGGUUACCCAUUUCAGAGCCCACGCUCUUCACACUUAUCAAUAUUUCAAGUCAUUAUAUAUUUAGGCGAGGCAUGCCUUGGGUUAAGGUGUUAAGUAUUCAUGUUCUCUGUUCUAUUAUUGAUAAUGUUAGCAGCAUGCCGGCUACUGAAACCACCUUUGUCUGUAUAAUUAAGACCCAUGUUUGAGGAUUCAUUAAAGAGUCUCCCCAAGAAGACCUUAUAAAUCCAGUUGUAUUGAGAUCUUGGAAAGAUCAUCUAUUCCCUUUCAAUGACAAGAGCAGUGUAUUGACCCGGAGUAGAAAUGUUAGUGAAUUAUUAACUACUGUUACAUGUCCUCUCUAGUGGGUCACUGAGAACAAACCCGGUGUCGUGUUCUUGCAAGCAGUCUGCAUGGCCAUUAUACAAUUGCUCCCUUUGAUGCAGCUGCUGAGGUCAGGUAAUUCAGUCUUUCAACUUGGCUCCCACUACACAGGGAAGUCAAUUUAAUGCACAGUCUGCCACAAGAUAAAAGGGAAUUAGUUCUGUGGAUUGGGUUGUGGUCCCUACCUUACGGUGCCAGCAUUUACACAAUGUUUAGCUCAACUGUGAAUCACCAAAGCCAGAGUUGAGUGGGCAGAAGAAAAAUGUGUGUAGACCAGGGGAAGUGGCCCCUUAAUACCCAGGAUAGAGGAUGCUAACACAGCUGAGGCUGUGCAAUCUAACACAGUACAGUGGUUAAAUACAGUCAUAACAACUGGUCCUGUAUAAUAUAAUAAUACUGUCCAGGUCAUCACAAACUGAUAUAUUCAUUAGAAUUUCCCCAUCGUAUGAUUCUCAAAAGCAAUUCUGUUUUUGAAUUGAUUGUAAUACUUUUCUAUGUCAAGCAUUCAUGUAACACAAUGUUGAAUACCGGUUAGUUUUUUAAAAUAUUUUUAUUUAUUAUUUUAAUUUAAACUAUUUUAUACUUUUAUCAUUUUUUAGCAGACGCUCUUAUCCAGAGCAACUUACAGUUAGUGCAUCCAUUUUUUAUUAUUUUUUAUAUAUAUAUAUUUUUUUCAUACUGGCCCCCCAUGGGAAUCAAACCCACAACCCUGGCGUUGCAAACGCCAUGCUCUACAAACAUCCCUGCCGGCCAUUCCCUCCCCUACCCUGGGCCAAUUGUGCGCCGCCACAUGGGUCUCCCGGUCGCGGCCGGCUACGACAGAGCCUGGAUUCUAACCAGGAUCUCUAGUGGCACAGCUAGCACUGCGAUGCAGUGCCUUAGACCACUGCGCCACUCGGGAGUUCACUAUUUCUAUCAAUAAUCAGAAGCAAAUAUGUCUGAGAACUACUGUUUCCAGUAGAACUAUAACCCCAGUAGAACUAUAGCCCCAGUAGAACUAUAGCCCCAGUAGAACUAUAGCCCCAGUAGAACUAUAGCCCCAGUAGAACAAUAACCCCAGUAGAACUAUAGCCCCAGUAGAACAAUAACCCCAGUAGAACUAUAGCCCCAGUAGAACAAUAACCCCAGUAGAACUAUAACCCCAGUAGAACUAUAGCCCCAGUAGAACUAUAGCCCCAGUAGAACUAUAGCCCCAGUAGAACAAUAACCCCAGUAGAACUAUAACCCCAGUAGAACUAUAGCCCCAGUAGAACUAUAGCCCCUGUAGAACUAUAGCCCCAGUAGAACUAUAACCCCAGUAGAACUAUAGCCCCAGUAGAACUAUAACCCCAGUAGAACUAUAACCCCAGUAGAACUAUAACCUCAGUAGAACUAUAGCCCCAGUAGAACUAUAGCAUAACCAAAACCAGUGAUAGUCACCAUGAUGAUUACCAUUAUAACCAUUUUCAAAGGCCUCUCAUAUAUUGCUAAUCCAAGCUUAGUGUCAUUAUCAUUGUGUUUAUUAUGCACUAUAAUGCCAUGUAGAUGGGAUGCAUAAACAUGUCUGGCUGUGGUGCGGCUAGGUAGUUUUCAUUAUGUUGUGGCCCUUGUGUUAAAAUAGCACUGCUGAUAAGUGACUUCUUUAUGAUGCGCUGUGAGGCCCAUAGAUGCCAUUGAAGCAGACAGGUACGGCCUCGGUCCUCCAUGUGAUUUCAUAAAGAAUCGAUUAAAGGUACCUACAGCUAUUACCCAGCAGCACACACACACUCACACAGAUAGACAGGCAGCUCAGCUCAGCCGUUACUAUUAGAUGAAACAGGCCAGAGGCUUUAGAGAGCUGUCUGGAGGCUUCUUUUUACCUAUGCUUUGUUUUCUCUCUCUUAAAUGUUAGCCCAAGUACUGUAACGCAGAAUCAUUACUGGUAUUAAAUGCAUUAUAGUUCUACAUUUUCUGAAAUAUAACAAUGCCAUUGCAUUUGUCUUAAAGUGAUUUCUCGAAGCAUGGUAAUGUGUUUUUAUUUCCUGUAAAAUAUAUACAGGAAUAUAUAUACACUACAUAUACACUACCAGUCAAAAGUUUGGACACACCUACUCAUUCAAGGUAUUUAUUUAUUUGUACUAUUCUUUACAUGAAAAAAUAAAAUAAAAUAAUUAACUGUAAGUCGCUCUAUAUAAGAGCGUCUGCUAAAAGACGUACAUGUAAAUGUAAAACAUCAAAACUAUGAAAUAACACAUAUGGAAUCAUGUAGUAAACAAAAAAGUGUUAAACAAAUCAAAAUAUAUUUUAUAUUUGAGAUUCUUCAAAUAGCCACCAUUUGCCUUGAUGACAGCUUUGCACACUCUUGGCAUUCUCUCAACCAGCUUCACCUGGAAUGCUUUUCCAACAGUCUUGAAGGAGUUCCCACAUAUGCUGAGCACUUGUUGGCUGCUUUUCCUUCACUCUGUUGUCCGAAUCAUCCCAAACCAUCUCAAUUGGGUUGAGGUCGGGGGAUUGUGGAGGCCAGGUUAUCUGAUCCAGCACUCCAUAGCCCUUACACAGCCUGGACGUGUGUUGGGUCAUUGUCCUUUUGAAAACAAAUGAUAGUCCCUCUAAGCCCAAAUCAGACGGGAUGGCGUAUCGCUGCAGAAUGCUGUGGUAGCCAUGCUGGUUAAGUGUGCCUUGAAAUCACUGACAGUGUCACCAGCAAAGCACCCCCACCUCCAUGCUUUACGGUGGGAAAUACACAUGCUGAGAUCAUCCGUUCACCCACACUCUGAAGCAUUUAUUUGGGCUGCAAUUUCUGAGGCUGGUAACUCUAAUGAACUUAUCCUCUGCAGCAGAGGUAACUCUGGGUCACCAUUCCUGUGAUGGUCUUCAUUAGAGCCAGUUUCAUCAUAGCGCUUGAUGGUUCUUGAACUUUUCCGUAUUGACUGACCUUCAUGUCUUAAAGUAAUUGUGGACUGUCGUUUCUCUUUGCUUAUUUGAGCUGUUCUUGCCGUAAUAUGGACUUGGUCUUUUACCAAAUAGGGCUAUCUUCUGUAUACCCCCCUACCUUGUCACAACAAUGCUCAAACGCAUUAAGAAGGAAAGAAAUUCCACAAAUUAACUUUUAAGAAGGCACACCUGUUAAUUGAAAUGCAUUCCAGGUGACUACCUCAUGAAGCUGGUUGAGAGAAUGCCAAGAGUGUGCAAAGCUGUCAUCAAGGCAAAGGGUGGUUAUUUGAAGAAUCUCUCUCUCUAUAAAAUAUAUUUUGAUUUGUUUAACACUUUUUUGGUUACUACAUGAUUCCAUAUGAGUUAUUUCAUAAUUUUGAUGUCUUCACUAUGAUUCUACAAUGUAGAAAAUAGUAAAAAUAAAGAAAAACCCUGGAAUGAGUAGGUGUGUCCAAACUUUUGACUGGUACUGUAUAUAUAUAUAUAUUAAUAUCCCAAUAAUGAUACCACUCAGAGAGAGGUUUUUAUGUUCUGCAGUGCUGUUGGUGAUCUGGCUCAAAGGGUGAGACUGCCUGCAUUCUCUCUGCCCUUAACAUCCACUGUAAGCAGGUUAAGUAAAAAGGAUGAUGGCUAUGGCUUUCAUUGCUUCCAAUUAAACCUUGCUUGUUAGUUUAACCUCUAGGUAAACACAUAAAACAAUUGAUGUCAAGGAAACCCUGCCAACAGUGGCUUCGCCUGAAUGGACAUUUAUUUUAAUUGCCUAGAUAUUAAAGAUUUAGAAGAACAGAGACAUGCAGGAUAAAAACGAUCUGAUGUCAUGCAAAUCUAGUCGGUUUGCGCAUGCUGCAGCAUUGGCGGGUUGCUAGAGAUAUUAAAAUGUAAGCGCAGGGGUGGAAAUUAAAUAAAGCUUCAUUAGGGGCAGCUGCUCUUUGGCUGGUCCGGCAGCAGGCUGCAGGAGCUGAAGGGAGCCAGAGCACGGCGACAGGCCUCUCUAAUUUAUAGGCCUAUUAAAACACAACCCUAAUCUCAUUAUUAUUCCACUAUUAUUGCUUCACACACUGGAAAUUAUAUUUAUUUUCUUUCUUUCUUUCUUUCUUUCUUUCUUUCUUUCUUUCUUUCUUUCUUUCUUUCUUUCUUUCUUUCUUUCUUUCUUUCUUUCUUUCUUUCUUUCUUUCUUUCUUUCUUUCUUUCUUUCUUUCUUUCUUUCUUUCUUUCUUUGUACCAGGAGGUUGGAAGGAUUUAUUUAUAUCACUCUAAUACUGUAGUAUUAGUCAUAGUGAUAUAAUAGAAAUAUAGACAUUUAGAAAUAUAGAAGCUGUACUUUCUACAGUUUUUAAUGUUAGCAUUUACUAUUAUUGUUAAAGUGGUAGCUAAGCUGUGAUGAUACAGUUUCAAUUGAAAGAGAUACAGCAAACAUUUUGCCCUGAGAUUGUAUUUCAUAUGGACGCAAAGGUUCCUCAUAAACGUUGUGUUAUAGGCCUCACUGUUACUCGUUGACCUCACCAUAGCACCACAAUGCCUGCGUCCUGUGUUAUGCAGCCUGGCUGACUGAAUGUGCAGUGGCCAGACAUGGGUUUGAUGAUCUGCACUGGUGACGAAGUAAUCAUCUUCAUUAAUAUUCAUCUGUGUAUCUGUUAAGCAAGUUCAACCACCAAUGCAGUAGCAAACAAGUCUACACAUAAAAUGGCAGAACUUAUUUCCUUAACAAUAGGCCUGGCAAUGUAAUACAAUCAGGAUCACUUUUUUUCAGUGUGUGUUGUGGGAGAGGAGCAGCCCCUGGUGUGUUGGUUUUGUCAAGAGACAAACAGAGAGCAUGUCAUGCUCCUUUCUAUGAUAACGCACAAGUGAUUCCUGAUUAUUGCUUAAUUAGCCUGCAUACCCAGUGGAUAUUACUGCAGGGGCUGGGAAUUGAGUACUUGAUGGACCCAAACGUGACAUCUUGAAACAAUCACACUGCUCAGUGCACAGUGCCUUGGCUGCUUGACAUCUGACACCUCGGCUCUCCCUCUGCUUUCUCCCCCAGGUAUCCAACUGGUUCGGCAACAAGAGAAUCCGGUACAAGAAGAACAUAGGCAAGUUCCAGGAAGAAGCUAACCUGUACGCUGCUAAGACUGCAGUAACAGCAGCGCAUGCAGUGGCCGCCGCAGUGCAGAACAGCCAGACCAACUCCCCUACCACACCCAACUCCGGUAGGCACCCCUGUGCAGGCCCUAACUCUGCCAUCCACCCCCAGCCCUCAGCCCCCAGCCCCCCCCCCCCCCCCCCCCAUGCUAAACCCCCACUCACGCAGCAUUCACGCAGGCAGGAGUGACAGGCACUGCUCCCAGCCUGGGGAUCACAGAGUCUCCUGUCUUUAAGCAGUCGAUGCCAAAUAAGACAAGCAAACUCAUGCAUAAAGAGUGAGUUCUUGGUUUGUGAACCGAGAACAGAUGUAUUUCUGGCAAAAAGACAAUUCAAAAUGAUGUCACUGAGGUUUUGUUUUCCCUUGACUUUUCCUCAAACCCCCCUCUAAUUUGUCAAACUGUAGCUCCACUGAAUGGUAGUGCAUUUUAUUCUAAGAGAGAUUGAAAAUAAUAGCUGGGAGCAGUUACAGUAGACUGUAUAUGUUACACCAAUGUGAAAUAACAACAACAAUGCACACAAUUGUUAAUGAAUAGGACUUACAAAUGACAAUAGAAAGACAUCCAACACAAUGUAUAGUCCAGGAGAAUGACUGUGAUUUUGGACUUGGCUGACGUGACAAGGGGAUGUGAUCUGGUAAGCGAUAGCUAUUUGAAGUGGUCCCCUUUUUCUUGCACCCAGGAUUCCAGAUGAAAGAUGAAGAAUUUCAGCUGGACUCUGCAGAGAGCAAAAACACUCUUUUAACCAACAUGUUUACUGGUACUGCUCUUUUCGUAAGCUUCUUAUUGUCCUUGUCAUUGGCAUAUGAUAUUCCCCACUAACAGUAGAUAGGGAGUAUGGGAUGUGGAACAAAUUGGGAGCUUAAAGUGAUCAGACACAUAUUGGAUCUCUGUUUGUGUCAUGUGAUUUUUAUUCAGUUUGUUUUGCCUCUUUUUCUGUGGACAAUCUGAAUACCCUCCUCAGAGUUAUGACAUGACCAUAAUCCUCUCCUCUAUCAUGUGUUUCCUUGCUUCCCUUCAUUUAUUUUGUAGUUGCUUGCUUUCUGGGAAUCUAGUAACUGAGUGUAGUAGUGGGUGUUGUGUAUGUAGGUACAGUAGAGUGUGUUUGCGUUUGUGUCUCUCUGUGCUCUUGUGUGUGUGUGUGUUUAGUUAGUGUGUACUCUUUCCUCGUAGCCCUCUAUAUAGUUAUUCAGCUACUUACAUCUUCCCUUUCCAGGUUCUUCAGGUUCUUUUAACCUCCCAAACUCUGGGGACAUGUUCUUGAGCAUGCAGUCUCUGAAUGGGGAUUCUUACCAAGGGGCACAAGUUGGAGCCAAUGUGCAGUCACAGGUAGGAGCCACAAACAGGGACAGGUCUUGUGUGCAAAUGCACAGAGCCGUCCCAGUUUUGCCUGUGUGCUGAGCCAUCCACAGUGCAGUCUUGAAGUACAGUAACUAAGACAUGCUUCCCACAUUGGGUCAGCUCAGAUUCCCACAGUGUCACGGUCUCUACUGUAAAAGUGACACUGUGGGCUCCAUGUUCUAUUUUGAGAACACUGAAAGUGUUUGCUGACUGUAAUUCGCUUUGAAUGGAAUAUUCUGGCCUACCUAAAAAUAUCCCACCCCAUUGCAAUCAAUAAGUAUUUAUCCAGAAAAUGUAUUUAUUUAAUCUCUGUAACAGACUUGAUUGAAGUUUCCGAUUUUGUGAAUGCAUUUGGCUUUGACUUGAGCUCUUGGGUUGGUGUUGGGUUUUAUGGUAUUGUAUUCUCCCUACAGUCCUGUCUUGUAUCCUUUCCUGUCUUUGUCUCAUUUUGGUUGUGUUGCAUUUUGUUGUUGUUGUCAUCCGUUAUGUUAUUUCUUCAGGUUCAGAGACAGACAUAGAGAAACAUUGCCAGAAGAUACUGACCCAACCGUUACACUUGUUUACACUGAACUGCACUGGGGUCAGAACGCAAUCAUGGUUACAUUAAGACACCAUGGAGCCGGCGUGAGAUAUGGGUCGGAAAACAUACUUCAAUGCAGGGAUGGGAUAUGCCACUGUACUAAAAAUGUUACCUUCAUCCACACUGCUCCAUCGAGAAGUUUGGAAUACUACCAGUUUUCCCGGAAACCUGCCCUCAUGCUAGCUAGCAUUAGCCACAUCAGCCAUUAUGGAAUGGCACGUCACGUUGAACAACAAAGGAGCUGAUUGGCUGACACUGCCAUUCCAAAAUGGCUGUCGUGGCUACUGCUAGCCAACAUUGAGGAUGAAAAUGGCAGUUUUCCUUGAGUGGUGUGGAUGAAGGUACAAUUUGGAGUACAGUGGCAUAUCCAAUCCCUGCAUUGAGGUACGUUUUCCUACCAGUAUCUCGCGCCGGCUCCAUGCUGUCUUAAUGUAACCAUGAUUGCUUUCCGACCCCAAUGCAGCUCAGUGUAAACAAGCGUAACGGUAUGGUCAGUAUCUUCUGGCUAAGAGAAACAUAUCCAUAAACAUGUCAGAUGGCCCAAUUAGAACUAGAGACUAAUGGUUUUGGACAUAGCUGCAGAAAGUAGGGGUGCUGAGGGUGCUGCAGCACCCCCUGAAAAAAAUAAAAUUGUGAAGUAGGCCUUUAUUGCUUGAACCCCCCCCCCAUCGAUAGCACCCCCAACCCAUCUUCCCGCGGCCAUGGUUUCGGAAAAGGCACACACCAAUCAUAACACCAUGGAGAGAUUAGUCUGGUUAACGUGUUGUCUGUGUCUCAUAGUCCCUUUCCACAUGGAGUACGUUUUGUAUGUUUUGAAACAUGGCAUUGAGCAUGUGUGUUAAUGUAAACCCCCAUGCCACAGUGAGUUGACAGCCAUGCCCACCCUCUCUCUCCCAUCAGGUGGAUACCCUGCGCCAUGUUAUCAGUCAGACGGCAGGAUACAGUGAAGCUCUAGGGGGGAACACUAUGUACAGUCCACACGGCUUGAAUGUAAGUGUCUCUGCUUCCUCUUUCUGUAGGUACCAUUCUGGAGACAGUGGUUAUACCCUGAGCAGACCUUGUCCAAACUGGAUCCAUUCUACUGUAAACAUUAGUCACAGUAUGGUAGUAGUAAGCUUGGAUACAGUACACCUCGCCUUGCUGCCCACUGUGUGAUAGAAGUGAUAGCUUAGGCAAAUUAAUUGCACUCAUUUAUUAAAUUUCUUGACCCGUUAUACAUUUCCUUUUCUCAGAACAAAGUUUCGAAUAUAACUAAAAAAGGUUUUAUGGAAAUGUAGGCUGUCAGGGACAUAGUGAGAAUAGAUGGCUAAUCUGAGCUCAGUGAGCCAGGGAAGUGAGAAACUCCAUUCAGCACUGCCAUAGCAAAUGAUUGAGCUUCUUAAAGGAUGAAACGAACAUGUGACAUAGGAGAUUAGAGAUUGUAGAAAUGUUGGCACAUUUUCAAUGCAGGAGGAUAAAAGCAUAGUUUAAUAAAGCACACAUAGAUAGAUCAUAGUGCAGGUGGAAUAAAAAUACAUUUGAUUUAAAAUUCACCCGUUUUUGCUUUAAUAAACAUCUUGUAAUACCUUAUGUGACUGAAACCAAAAUGAAAUGAGUAGGCUUUAUUUGUGUUUCUAUGUUUAAUUUAGCUGUUUUGAAAUGCUUCAGAGACUUUGCCAUAUCCUUAUCAUCAUGAUAAAAUAUGAACGUGAGAUCGCCUGCAGCCUUUUCCAGACGUGAAUUCCAUCUUCCUUGAUGAGGCCUGAUACAGUGCUUUUUUGUAAUACAGUGCAUAAUCAGAAGCCAUCAGAGUAAAGAUUAAUUUAUUUGAUGAGAGAGAGCAAGAAAGAGAGAGGCAGAGGGAGAGAGAGGAAUGACUACUGACAUAUUUCCCUUAGCAAUAUCAGAGAGAAAAUAUUACUACUUGUUGUCUUCAUGUUGCCAUGGUUGGGACAGUAGUGAUGUGAAGGCUCAGUUAUAUUCAGCUUCCCAAAAUGGCAGCUAUUGUUAUUGAGAGGCAUUUGAAUAUAAUGAGCUUAUAUGUAAAUUCUGAAAGGAUCAUAUAAAAGUUAUACAUUUUGAACCUUUGUCAACCAUUUAGAUUAUAAUUGUUUUCUUCAUACUUGACAAUCACUCCAGUCCCAGUUCAUUGUAUAAAAGUUGGAUACAUAUUUGGAAGUAUAUUAAAUGAGCACACAGUUUUUUUGUGGUGUUUUCAAUGUAAGCAAGCACUCUCUUGCUAAAAGAUAACACAGGCCGUCAUUAGUGUUCUCAGACAGUGCUUGGUGUCAUUUUGGUUUUGUUGAGCACCCUUUAGCCUGCAGGCCUUUUUAGCAGAAGUGUCAACCUCUAGCAGGCUCAACUGAAGUGUUUCACACUCUCUCACAAGGUUUCUCACUUUCCUUCACUGUUUAAGCCAGAGCUCACUUAAUCACCACACGAGCAUACGCUCUGAAAUACAACAUUACUGGCAAGUCAACACAUCCAAUAAGGGCACCUGCGAAAAGAGGAAAAACUUCCAGGCAACAGAAAAACAUGCAUUGGAUAAUUCAUUUAAAGAGAUGGAGAGGCCUUCUCAUCCAGCAAUACUCUUAUUUCAAUGCAGUACCGUCAUUGUGACAAAGCAGACCAGAUUAAUAUUUAUUGACCUAUUCCAGGUGAUCUAAAUCAUCAAAAUACUAAUUCCACCAAUGAGCCACAUGUGCUAGAGCUCCCAGUGUACAGUAAUGCAGAUGAAUUGUUUUGAUAAUGAAGUGCAUCAUAGAUAAAUUAGCAUACGCUAACCUUUUGUUUUGUUGAUGGUGACGGAGGUGAUACAGCAAAGGCUAGUCCCUGCCGCGAGCCAAGCCAAGUCAGGCUGGCUCAGACUGGCUCUCUUGGAAAUGCCCUGCCUUGUCACUUCCACUUAGCGUUCCCCACCUCACCCAGCCCCAGCCUUCCCUCUUCCUGACUGACAGAAGAAUAUGUAGUGACAAGCUGCUGAAAUCUGAUUGGACUGAUUUCAGAGUUCGCUCCCAUUGGCUGAGACAUACGGCCAAUUUGUUUCUAGGAGUCUCAUUGCUGAUGCUAGUAUAACGCAGAGAAUGGCCAUUGGCUUGGCGGUUAUACUAUAUCAAAGGAGACUAGGGAUGGGAGAGAUAUCAAAUUAAUUAAAUGAAUUCUAAUGUAUCUUUUUGCGCGAUAUUCCAAAUACCUGUAUCGGAAUAAUACUUUUUUUGUAUUCUUUUCUUUUAUGAGCGUUUAUGUCCGCUUGUUCUCAUGUUGUAUUUUUGGUCUCGUGUCUUUCGCUCCUCUGUGCUGUGUGCACUUUCCCAUUUACACCAGAGAUGUGUAUUUAAUGACGAGAUGCUCAUGUAUCCUCCCUAACAAUGGGAGUCGUUGUGCCAAAGGCGGGAAGGCAGGUGACAAGCUUAGGUCCAAAAUAAGCCCAUAGAAACUCAUUGGCCUUAUUUUCGACAGAUUUUAGUGAGAGUGAAACCUCUCGCUUCGCCUCUUCCUCUCUGUUUACACACAAACACCAAGCACCUCCCCCUCCCACUCACAACAACAAAGAUGAGAGAUCACUUCUUCCUCUCUGACAAGCGGUUUCAACUCGCCAUUUGCAUUUGAGGUUUGGUCCAACAAAAUCAUUCAUACGGUCACCGAAACACAUUGAGACCUUAUUUUACUGUAAUAGCGGAGAAGUUAACCUCUCUAAUGAUACCCUUUUUAUGUCUCAACUCCUCAAAUUGCACGCAGAGCAGACACUACUAAAAUGGGAGUAUCAAUUAACAUGAUUGUGGAAAAUUAAUGCUCAGUUUGUCCCGCUAGCAGCAGUUACAGUUGAAGUCGGAAGUUUACAUACACUUAGGUCAACCUAAGGCUAAUUGACAUCAUUUUAGUCAAUUGGAGGUGUACCUGUGGAUGUAUUUCAGUGCCUCUUUGCUUGACAUCAUGGGAAAAUCAAAAUAAAUCAGCCAAGACCUCAGAAAAAAAUUGUAGACCUCCACAACUCUGGUUCAUCCUUGGGAGCAAUUUCCAAACGCCUGACGGUACCACGUUCAUCUGUACAACCAAUAGUACGCAAGUAUAAACACCAUGGGACCACACAGCCGUCAUAUCGCUCAGGAAGGACACACGUUCUGUCUCCUAGAGAUGAACGUACUUUGGUGCGAAAAGUGCAAAUCAAUCCCAGAACAACACUGAAGGACCUUGUGAAGAUGCUGGAGGAAACAGGUCAAAAGUAUCUAUAUCCACAGUAAAACGAGUCCUAUGUCGACAUAACCUGAAAGGCCGCUCAGCAAGGAAGAAGCCACUGCUCCAAAACCGCCAUAAAAAAGCCAGACUAAGGUUUGCAACUGCACAUGGGGACAAAGAUCGUACUUUUUGGAGAAAUGUCCUCUGGUUUGAUGAAACAAAAAUAGAACUGUUUGGCCAUAAUGACCAUCGUUAUGUUUGGAGGAAAAAGGGGAAAGCUUGCAAGCCGAAGAACACCAUCCCAACCGUGAAGCACGGGGUGGCAGCAUCAUGCUGUGGGGGUGCUUUGCUGCAGGAGGGACUGGUGCACUUCACAAAAUAGAUGACAUCAGUCAGGAAGUUAAAGCUUGGUCGCAAAUGGGUCUUCCAAAUGGACAAUGACCCCAAGCAUACUUCCAAAGUUGUGGCAAAAUGGCUUAAGGACAACAAAGUCAAGGUAUUGGAGUGGCCAUCACAAAGCCCUGACCUCAAUCCUAUAGAACAUUUGUGGGCAGAACUGAAAAAGUGUGUGUGAGCAAGGAGGCCUACAAACCUGACUCAGUUACACCAGCUCUGUCAGGAGGAAUGGGCCAAAAUUUACCCAACUUAUUGUGGGAAGCUUGUGGAAGGCUACCCGAAACGUUUGACCCAAGUUAAACAAUUUAAAGGCAAUGCUACCAAAUACUAAUUGAGUGUAUGUAAACUUCUGACCCACUGGGAAUGUGAUGAAAGAAAUCAAAGCUGAAAUAAAUAAUUCUCUCUACUAUUAUUCUGACAUUUCACAUUCUUAAAAUAAAGUGGUGAUCCUAACUGACCUAAGACAGGGAAUUUUUACGAGGAUUAAAUGUCAGGAAUUGUGAAAAACUGAGUUUAAAUGUAUUUGGCUAAGUUGUAUGUAAACUUCCGACUUCAGCUGUAUACUAGCUGUCUGGUCUGUGUUUUAUAAAUGUGCAAUAAGCAUAAAACACAAUUAUAUAAAGAAUUGGGAACUCGUUCUCAUUCUGAGAAAUAAUGUAGGCCAGUUGAUUUCAACAUCUGAACAAAGUGGACAGGCUAACAUGCUCUUCAAACAGUUGGAGAUGGACAGAAGGGUGUGUUCAUAACAAUUAAACUGUUCUGCCUCGUUAGCUAGUAAAUAGAUCCAAUUUUGCUCAACUUUAAAUGUAAAGAUUUUCUGGCUACUCACUAGAACGUAGGCUUGUGCUUGAGUGAUUGUUUACGAGACCUGUGUUCAUUUUGUACAAUGCCUGCUACAAGAAGUUAUUUAAAUCAAAAUCAAAUACAAUUGUAUUUGUCACAUGCGCCGAAUACAACUGGUGUAGACUUUACCGUGAAAUGCUUGCUUACGAGCCCUUCCAAAUGAUGCAGAGUUUUAAAAUAAUAAUAAUAAAUAAUAAAUAAUGUGUAACACGAGAAAGUGCAUUUUCAUAAACAGACUUGAAAGCCAGAUCAGUGAUUGUUACGAAACCCCUCCCAGGUUAAACUAUCUUGAUAAAAUAAUUACAUUAUUAGUGACUCUUUUGGUUUUGGAAGGCUUAUAUUUAGCCUAGGUAUAAUUUCACAAGCCCUGAAUUAAUUAGAUUAUUACUGACUUUUUAAAAUGCAGUGUAUUGACCUUUCAUUUUACAACAAAGCUUAUUUAGAGAAUUGCCCAUAUAUAUUGUGAAUUGCCCAUAAGUGUGAAAACAAAUAGCUAUGAUUUUUAGGCCAUAUCGCCCAGCCCUAAAGGAGACACCUAUUUGUAUUAAUUCAUUAGUACAUUAGCAUAUGUACACACACACAUUCUGUGUACACAAUGAGAAUGACUAUUUUACCUUAUAUUUUGGUGUAUAUCUGUAUUCUACUAAAUAUAUUUUAUUGUGCAGAGUCAUCUUAUUCUCCCUCACAUGAAAAUGUCUUUGGGGGAAUAAGAACUGGUCUUGAUUACAAAUAGAGGCUCCUUACAAAAGCAUUAGGUUGUUAACAUGGACUUCGUCGUUUGUAGUGAUAUUAUAUUACUAAGUAUUUCAUUGUGAUCCCUUCUCUUCUGCUUCCUUCCUAGGCUAAUGUGGGAUGGCACGAUACAACCACUCCAUCUGCUGUAAUCUCCCCAACAGAAGGACCUGGAAGUGUGCACUCUGAUACCUCAAAUUGAUCUCUGUUAUCGAUGCAUCUGAUCCCCAAGCUGUAAAGCCUGAACUUUCACUGACUGACCAACCAGAGAGGAUAAACAAAACUUUUUUUCAGAACUAAUUGUCUUCUGCAUCUACCAGAGUCCUCACCCCCCUCGCAAUGACUUUCUACAAUAUGGACACCUGAUGUUUUCUUGGUAGUUCAGUGAAAUCGUCACUCAAACUUCAUCAGUCUCAUGAUUAUAAUUCACCAUUGCUUUAGUUAUGUUUGUCAUUUGAAGGGGUAAGCACGUACUGUACAAAUCAAACAAGACCCAGAUCUUUAUUGUGUAACAUUCAUUUCAAUUGACAAUUGAUUUAAGAAAUAAUGUUUCCCAAGCUGAAAUUAUUCCCAGUGCUGAGUGUAUGACAUUAUGUGUUGUCAUAGGUAUUCUAAAACGUUUUGGUUUUGAAAUGCAAUAUAUAUAUAUAUAUUUCCUAUCUUUUUUCUUUUUUGAUCAGUCAAUUACCUUGACUCUUGGUCUCUUACCGUAUAUUGGCUAACAAUGUAGCGGUUCUAUCACUGAAUGCCAGGAGUGAUGUUUGUCUGUAAUGUUGUACAGCAACUAAAAAAGGCUCCCGUUGUAAACUCACUGGCAGCUUGGGAGAGUUACUUUCAAUAUUAGUUAUGCCUUACAACCACCAGUUUGAAAUCCAUUAGCAGUCAUUGACAGUAGAAGUUCAUUGACAAUGGUAAUGGGAUAACUCUGUAUUUUACAAACUUGGGACAUAUUUCACAGUUAUCAACAAAAAUAGCAUAAAAAGACUAGAGUGAUUGUCAAGCAUAGAAAAGCAUGAAAGUCAUGUGAUAUUUAAAUGUGUUUUUUUGACGAUGGGUUGAAAUAGUCAUGGGUCUAACCGUAAAUCCAACCAGUUAUAGCACUUCCUUUUGGCACGUGACAAGAUACCAGUCACACAAAAUGUGUUGUAUAUAAUAUAGCUUAAGAGUAUUUAUACAUCCCACCAAUCAAUACACAGAUUUAUUACCUCAUUCAAACUCAUAGAAACCAAUAGAUUUUCAACAUUUCUAUAGCUUAGAGUGCUCAUUUACUACCUCUAAACAAUAUCACUACCAUCGUUUUUGUCUUUUUAUUUAACAUUUUUAUUUAGUUAUUUUGAUUACAUCUUGUAAUAAACUCUUUGUUUUUGUUCAUGUAAUCUAAUGUAUAUUUUAAUCUUUUAAGAAAAUAAAGUUGCUUUGUUGCAACUAUAAAAACACAAAAACAAGAAAAUUGAUGAUGUUAACAAUAAUAUUAAUACUAAGAAUAGUGAAAACAUUCAAUUUAAAAGAAUAAGAGGGAGAGGUGCAAAAUUGUUGGUUGGUGGAUUUUGAGGGAGGGAUGGGAGAACGUUGGUCAUAAAUUAACACCAAACAGUAAAACUGUUGUAAAUACUGAAGAACAUUUUAAAUGUUUCUCAUCUUGUUACUAAUUCACGCAAAAAAACAUUAUAAAAACUGUAAUGCAUAGAGGUUUCAGUAUUCAGAACUCUACAUUUCAAGCUCUGUUUGACAGGGUUCAAUCUUUCUUUGUCUUUUUUUGUAUUGUAUGUGAUUCUGAAACAGAUAAAGUCAAGACAAAUUAUUUGUGGCAGUGAUUCUAAUGUAUUAAAAAUGUCUAGUGUUUCUUUCUAACCAGACUACACCCUGGACUGAAAAGUCUUUCUUGUGGUAGUUAUGUGUAAUUUCAAACAUGAAUAAACUUUUUGCUUUCAAG